CGCAGGUGGAAAUAAUUUGUGGAGCUAAAGUUCAUAAAAUCCCCGUAUUAUUUAAUUGUUUUGUGAAAUUACUAAGUUUCAUCAGAGAGAAAGUCAUCAUGUCCAAGUGUUGUGCCAUACCUGGUUGUCGUUCGCAGCUUCGCAACAGUGUGAUGUUCAGCGUCGCUAAAAACUCCAGCCUAGCUCAAUGGUGGACAACAACGCCCUGGUAUGAUGAAGCAAAAGAUGCUUCAAUGUCGCGGGACCUUAAGAUCUGUUUUCUACAUUUCCAUAAGGAUCAGCUUGACAAUAGUCAUCCAGAUCUACGUCUCAUGAGUAACGUAGUGCCAUCCGUUAACCUACCGGGAUCUUUCGUGAUCUCUGCGGUACAUGAGAACUAUACGGAACCGAUUCCACAAACAGAUUGUAGCAAUUUGCUUGUAAUUUACUGCCGCUUCUGUGGUAAGAAACAGAAACACCCCAUCAAAAAUCAUCUGGAAGACUUGGUAGAGUCCGAAGACCUACUGCAACUAUGUCUUGGAAGGGGUCGCUUUCUGGAGGGGUUUCCCAAUGGAGUAUGUGAUCAUUGUCUUCAGAUUAUAAAAGUUACAACCAGUUUCAUUAAGCAUUGCGAGCAAGCCCAGGAAAAGCUGCAGAAAAUAUUUUUCGGCACAUCCCAGCAAAUUGUGGAUUCCUUGGUAGAAGAGGACGAGGACGACCAGAACCAGGAAGACUCAUUCGAAAUGCCAGAGGCGAUUAUAUCGCUAAAAGAAGAAUCACUGGGAGAUUCCGAAGAUACUAUUGAGUUUCUAGAAGUUGGUACUCAAGAUCCACUAAACGAAGAACAAUACGUCGAGGCCGUGAGCCGUGUAACAGUCGGAGCUCCUAAGCGUAGUAACGCCAGAGGUGAAGAGCAGGACGACAUCAGAUGCACUAUUUGCGACCGUACGUUCAAUCGUAAGCGCGCCCUCAAGGCGCAUAUGGAAUCUGUCCAUGAAGGAAGGACAUUUACAUGUCCAAUUUGUGGCAAAAGUAUGGGUUGGAGAAAAACCCUGCAGCGGCAUAUGAAAAGUCACGAAGAGAACUAUCAAAAGCACAAGUGUGAACUGUGCGAUAAGGCGUUUAGUCGACCCAGUCAUCUGCGGUUGCACAUGACUAAGCACACUGGACAGAAAGUUCGUUGUCCAAUGUGUAAGAAUGGAUAUCGGGAUAGCUACAAGUUGGGAGAACAUUUGAUGAAGGCACAUCGAAUGGAUCAGGAAACGGCUAAGACUUAUGCACAGCAAGCGGAAUUUUGGUAAAGACUAUCUUGGCAAGUUGAGAAAUCGCUCAUACGUAGCCCAGUAUACUGUAUUUCUAUGAUUCUUACUGAGUGUGCACCAUUUUCAACCUAUUAUACAUAUUAUCAUUUCUUAAGUAGAGCGAAAUCUCAUUAAAUGCUUUAAAUUAAACGCAUGUAUAUUAGACGUUCGCUAACUGAAACAUGUUUACUUUCCAUUUAGCGAACGGUAUUUGCUAACUGAAAUGCAUUCCACGUGUCAAACCAGCUGUUAAAGCCAUUUUAAAUGCAUCAAUGUUCAUCCUCUUGAAAUGUUUGUUUGAAAUGUAUUUUAAAGAUAAAAGUCCUUUAACUGAAACUUCUUUCAGCUAAAAGUCUUUCAGAUAGCGAACGUCCAGUGUACUUUUGGUGAACAUUGUAUCACCGUCAACUGAACGUGUGAGUUAAGAUUAGA